CCUGGCUCCCACUCCACCAGUAGCUCGUCUUCCCCUUCUAUCUCUAUUCGUGCAUGAGAACAUGCAAUGGAGGUGGUUCUCGCCGGAGGCGGAGGGAGUUGAAGAGAGGAAGACAUCCACCGCGUCCCCAUCCUUCUCAUCCACGACUGUCGUGUGAGGUCGAGCGGGCGAAGCGGGUGGCUGUGGGAGAACUAAGAUGCCGCGCACCGGCAAGCAAUGUCUCCCUCGCCCCUGAGCCGUGGCGCAUAACCGUCCCAUCCACCCGACGGAUUGAGCACGAGUGGUGCUGCCAUGGUCUCCCUUGCCUCUUCUCCACCGCCCAACGCCGCCAGAUCCCCCGCCCCUGAUCACCAUCAGCAACACAUGCAGGAUCUAGGAGCUACUUGGACUUGGAGCAGCAAGUCAUGCCGAUGUGGGAAUCAAAGUCUUGUUCGUGUGGAGAAUGGAGUCAAGGCCCGUAGACAAGAUGAUGGCAAUGUGGUUGAUGGAGAAGAAAAGGAGGAAGAGGGCCCUGGCUUACUUUCCCCAUGGUAUAUUGCUUUUAGUGAUGCGAUGGCGAUUGUGCAUAACUCGGGUUCUGUCGGCGCAAUCUCCUCUGGCCUCAAUGCCGUUAUGUCUGAUUUUUACCAUCGCAUACGUGAAAACAUCACAUAAGCUUCUUACUUAUUGCCCUAAAUCAUAUAACUCUUUUCUCACACGACUCACCAUUCCGAGUUUCUUGUGGGAGGAUUCUGAGUACCACCACCAAGGGAGUUUGCAUCAUUGGCAUGGUAAAAAUCAAAUGAUCACAUUACAUACUUGCC